GUCUUUUGAAAAAACAAAACCCAAACACUUUUUAAUAAAAACCCUCGUUCGCUAUCUUGACUCUUCCUCUGCUACAACCCGCCCCGCCCCAGAGUCCCGCUCCUCUCGAAAACACAAAAUGUCUUUGGUGGCUAACGAGGAUUUUCAGCACAUUCUACGUGUGCUGAACACGAAUGUAGAUGGUAAACAAAAGAUAAUGUUUGCUUUGACAUCAAUCAAAGGUAUUGGCAGGCGUUUCUCUAACAUUGUCUGCAAGAAGGCCGAUGUUGAUAUGAACAAGAGGGCUGGUGAACUAUCUGCAGCCGAGUUGGAUAACCUCAUGACUAUUGUUGCAAAUCCUCGCCAGUUCAAAAUCCCAGACUGGUUUUUGAAUAGGCAGAAGGAUUACAAAGACGGGAAGUAUUCUCAGGUCGUGUCAAAUGCAUUGGACAUGAAGUUGAGAGAUGAUUUGGAGCGUUUGAAGAAGAUCAGGAACCACCGUGGUCUGAGGCACUACUGGGGUCUUCGUGUCAGGGGGCAGCACACAAAGACUACUGGCCGUCGUGGAAAGACUGUUGGUGUCUCUAAGAAGCGUUGAACAUACUUUUGCUGCGUUGAACAAAUUUUAUAUAUGGUUUGGCGGGAACGGUCCCUUUUUGGUAUGAUUAAUGUUUGCUCUAGACAAGUUUAGAGGAGAUUUUGUUAGAUGACAAAUAUUUUUAUUAUUGUGAACUCCCUUAUCUAUUUGAAUCAGUUGCCAAGAUCUUGUUUUCACUAUAUGAAGAAUGGUUUCACUUGACAACCAUUUCAGAUUUUAUUA